AUGAGUCAUGCUGACGAGUGGACAUUUUUGAGGCCUUCUCUUGAACGCUUAGUGGAGGAGGAGAUGGUCCGUCUGCAUGCACUUGCUUUUGGAGCCGAUGCAGACAGACUCGGUCGGCUCGCCGAGUUAUCGCGACUGCUUCCGGCGCCCUCGAUCAACCUGACAGACGUCCAACUGACAGACAACCGUGUCGGUGCCCACAUCUCUUCUUACCACCACUCGGCCGAUCGUCAUGGUGGAUUGGCCUGGCGUCGGGCCCAUGAAACCGUAUUGUUUGUCAACGCUAACAUCAGGCAAGAGGACUAG